AUGAGUGCUCCUCUUGGUGAGCCGAGCUGGCUAAGCUGCUUCCGGAGCAAGGCCGCACCUUCUGAAGUGGCACGGGCUUGGCUCCACGACUUGAGCCAGACUGAACGGGAGGAGGCCAAAGCAGAUGCGCCGAGCGCACGCGCGAAGCUCCGGCAAGCCCUCACAGCAUCCGGCUGCGCGGAGAUUCGGGAGGAUGCUGCCAACGGCUACAUCUACACCGCCGCAGUCUUAAGAGCAGCCGACGAGGUGCUAGGCAUCCCUCCACCGAAGGCACAGGGCAACCUGCGCGGUGCAGCCUCUGGGGAUGGGGCGCCGGUGGGGUCGCGAUGUGUGCUUUCCGGAGAUGGAAACAAACCUGGUAGCCUCGGCCUGUGGUGGAGCGACUUUCAGACGGCCUGUCGACCCUUCGAGCUCCUCGAGCGUGGCAUCACACACAGGCUGAAUAUGGCAGCUGAGGUGGUCAAAAAGUUUCCGGCCGAUAUCGAGGGCAUAGAGACUCUUCAUGUCCCUAUGCGAGAUGCCUUCAGCAACGAGCGUGAGGUGAACGAGGGGAGCGUUGACGAAUGGGCAGAGCAGUUGGGGCAGGCUUUAGAAAUCUUACGAAGACUUCGCGACGCUGGUGCUAGCGUAAACGUGAGCUGUCAGAUGGGCAAGAACCGGAGCGCAGCUGCGGUGUUGGUCUGGAUGUGCAGUGAGGCUGGUUGGAAGCUGGAGGAGGCUGUUGAGCAUUUACGAGGCAUCACGGCGCUGGCCUGUGGGAAUCCUUACCUCAUCGAAGCAGUGGCGAAGUUUCUGAAUGUCGAUGCAGACGUUCCGCUGAACCCAGCCGGGGACCAAGGCCACUGGAUCUGCAUCUCUCCGCCGGGCACGCCCACAGCCGCUGAGGCUCCCGUGGUGGAUCUGGCUGAGGUGGCUGCUAAGGCUGAAGCACAGCUGGCAGGCGCCGUGCAGACCGAGGAGGAGGCAGCAGGAGAAGAUCUCUCUGACCUUUUCGCCGGCAUUUGCAUCAAGCUCUUUGGUCGGAGCUUGGGAACCGGACCCACAAUGGCCUUGGCGGCGAGGCACGACAUCGCUGGAGUCAUCCUCAUCAGCCCCUUCACAAGCAUCAAGGACCUGUUUCAUGGGCAGGUAGGCUUUCUUGCCGACAUGGUCGAGAAUCGCUUCUGCAAUAUCGACCUGGCACCAAGGAUCUCCAGCCCUACUCUCAUCAUCCACGGCAUGCAGGAUGCGCUGGUCCCUCCGGAGCACGGCCGAAAGGUCUACGGAGCCAUCACGUCCAGGCGCAUGCUCGUUACCCCGAACAACAUGAGCCACAACACGUCGCUUCUGAAAGAUGUUGCAACCUUCAUCCUUCCCAUGACCCACUUCUUCUCCCUACCAGACUACACCUUCGAAGAACUGCAGGCCGGGUGUCGUGGGGUUUGGGAUUUAGGGAUCCGGGCUUUAGCGGUUUUGGUUUAG